GCUGCCCCGCGCCAGUCUGUCAUUUUCCACCUCGAUUCGUCCGGAAUAGUCUCAGCCAAAGCCGCUGUUGUCUCACGUUCCUCUUGGAACCACGCCCACCUUUUCACUUUCACAAGUCAAGCCAUUCGAGCGAUCACGCCCACUUUGAACCCCUGACACACUUUACAUCUGACCUCCACUGUUUGCUCGGCUGUCACCGCGUCGGCAUGCGGGCGAUUCGUUUUUUGAGUCAUGGCUCCGACAAGGAGCCGCGUCCUGCCUCGAAAGUGUCCUUUCGCGUGAACAGUGUCAGCAUUGGAGACCACACCACACUGAUCGACAACGCCCGCGUCUCCUUCCGCAACCACAAGCACAAACUCAUCUGUACCGUCGAACGCGCUGCUGAAUCCCACCACCGCCUGCGCCGCUCCCGCUGGCGGUUUGUCUGGAACAUUGAAGCCCUCCGCUUUGACUCCCCACGCCUGGCCCAGCUUGAGCCGGGUACCACCAUCUGCAUAUCCGGAUCAAAGGCUGCCGUCUUUGAGAGCUACGAUCCCACCACUUGUGUCGUGACCGCCCGACACCAAGAUUCUCCUUCACAGCCACCGCUGUGUAUCCCUGCCACAGCUGUCUCCAUCCCUGACCUGGUAUCCGCCCAAGCUGUGUGCUUGCUGGCACAACAUGCUUCCAAGAGGCCAUCCCACUCUGACCACAACGUCAACCUCUGUUUGACCGUGGGCCCUUCUGACUUGCUGGCUUUGUGUCUGCACGUGGAGGCCAUGAUUCGACAACUCCGGAAUCAUCGCAUCCUCCGCUCCUGUACCGACUCGCUCAAAGUGUCAUUGGAUCCAGACUGGGCCAAGUCUGCCCCAGAGGAACAGGAAGAUUUUCUUCCAACCCGCUCGCGUGUCGUCAGCCUUCGCUCUGUAAGCCCACAUGGCACCCCAUCCCCAACCACCGAUCUCGCUUUCCAAGAUCUGGAGUUUGAGCCUCGGUUCACAGUCCCGACGCUGAGUACAUCAGUUUCCACUGAGGCCGAACCGCGUUCUGCUCAAGCUCUCUUGGCCACCUCGACGUCCUCCGCGUCGGAACCCGCGAUCAGACCCCUCGCCUCGGCCAUCUCCUCCGCCGCUUCUGUCAGUUGUCCUAUAGAAGCGGACGACUUGGAUCUUGAUGACAAAGUCUUCUCGACGCCAGCCUCCCCGACCCUGGCUGGCUCUUGUUCAACUGGUGGCGUCGGCUUCUCUAAAGAGGAAGAUAUGUCCGCCACGCCUCAGGAACAUUUGCUUGAAGCAGCACUUGACGCCAGUGUCGUGACACUGCCCCUGGUCGACGCCAUCCCCCUCAUGGCCCAAAUUCCAGACGCAACCACCGGCAUGCUAGUGUGCCCAAACGUCAACAACCCCUCCUGCGUCUAUCUGAUCCAUCGCGAGAAGGGUGAUACCCGCAUUCAAGACUGCCGAGUCUUUGCCAAGGAGCAAACCCAAACGGUCUCAAGGCUGCAGCAGAUGCGAGGUCUGGGCGCCCGAAUUCGACAGGGCGGCCUGUCUCUGCGCCAUUGCGCCUACGCCGCCACUUCAAACGCGCCCUUGCGUUUGACGGCGCUUCCCCUUGGCCAUCAGACGCUCCUUUGAGCCGAAGGCGCCCUUUCUGUCCCUCGCCCUGGGAAAGCACUCCCGUAGCCUAAACGUACUUUUUCUUAGCUCUAUGAUGUCCCAUUCUGACCCGUGCGCCCGCUGCGUACGACUCCUUGUUGCGCUCGCUGCGCAUGAGGCUCUGUCCUAACACACCUUGAUUGACUUAAUACCACUCCCAUGCAUCUUUAAACGUCCCCCUUGGCAUUGAUUGGACUUGACGUGUUUAAUUGUUUUUGGGCCGAGUUGUUUUUGAGUAGACGCACCGAGUGUGUCCUCCUUUCGACUGGUCGUUUCCUCAGCGC